CUCCCCUUUAGCUCCUCCGGCUCCUGGCCGCAGAAAGCUGCCGGGCACUGGCCGUGGUGCUGAAACCGAGGUCAAAUCUGACGGCGGAGGAGCUUGGGGACUGGGGCGGGCGCGGAGGAGGAGCAGUCGGGAGGGCGGAGAAGAGGGCUGGGGCAGAGGUGGGGAGGCAGACCCAGCAGGGCCUAGGAGCAGGCUGAUCCUUGGAGCAUCGGGACACGGAACCCGGGACCAUCUCCUCUCCUGCUGAAACCUUAUGACCAGACGUCUGCCUCUUCUACCCCGGCUUUCUCCCUGGAGUGGACUCUCCCAUGGCCAUCUUUUGCACUACUGCACAUUUCCACCCUUGAGCUUUCCCCAACGCAGGCCAGGGUGGUGGGCCCGAAGCUCUCUCUAUCGCUAGGGUCUCCUCUCCUCCCCAGCCGCCAUGACGAAGCUGCUGCCUGCCCAAGAGGCAGCCAAGAUCUACCACACUAACUAUGUGCGGAAUGCCCGGGCGGUGGGGGUGAUGUGGGGUACCCUCACCAUCUGCUUCUCUGUCCUGGUCAUGGCUUUGUUUAUUCAACCCUACUGGAUUGGGGACAGUAUUAACACACCCCAGGCUGGCUACUUUGGCCUCUUCUCCUACUGCGUGGGCAAUGCCCUGACUUCAGAGCUGAUCUGCAAAGGCAGCCCCCUGGACUUCAAGACCAUACCCUCCGGUGCCUUUAAGACUGCCAUGUUCUUUGUGGCUGUUGCCAUGUUUCUCAUCAUUGGUUCCACCAUCUGCUUCAGCCUCUUCUUUGUCUGUAACACAGCAACUGUCUACAAGAUCUGUGCCUGGAUGCAGCUGGCAGCUGCUACAGGCUUAAUGAUUGGCUGUCUGGUCUACCCAGAUGGCUGGGAUUCCAGUGAAGUAAAGCGCAUGUGCGGGGACCAGACAGACAAAUACACGUUGGGUGCCUGUACCAUCCGCUGGGCUUUCCUGCUCGCCAUGAUCAGCAUCAUGGAUGCCCUCAUUCUCUCCCUUCUGGCAUUUGUCCUGGGUUACCGGCAAGACAAACUCCUCCCCUCCGACUACAAAGCGGAUGGAAAUGAGGAAGUUUGAAACAGUUCAACAUCAGGGUAAGUAAUUCAAUUGUUUAGUUAAUCUGUAAAAAUGAUAGAUCAUUUUUUUUUAGAUCAUUCUUAUUAAAUAACAAAGGAUAGAGGCCUCACAUAUUGUUCUACUCCAAGAAUUUCUACUGUAGAAGAUAAAGAUGGUCAAAUGUAACAUUCUAAUUUGAGGAAUUGAGCUAGUGUUUAAAUUUGUG